GGAAUGGCUAAGAAGUGAACUUAUACCGGGAAAUGCAUAACCAGUUUAAGCAGAAUGAAAGGCACCUGGAGGCUUUGGAGAAGCUUUUUCUGACGCGGAGCCAAGUCCGCUCGCAACCUUCAUAAAUUCUAUCAUACCGCACAGACUUAGAACUCACAUCUGAUACUACCAGACGGAAUUAUGGGCCGCGAAAUACAGAAGAGGAAGAACCGCUCUGGCAUCGCCAAAGCACGCCGGAAGCCAAAAACGAAGAAGAGUCUGCUUCAACACCCCAUCAUUGCCGCAAACUGGGACAAGUCGCAGACGCUUGAGCAGAAUUAUCAACGACUAGGCUUGGCUUCGAAGCUCAACAAGCACACAGGCGGUCGCGAGAAGAAGUUGGAGGAUGUUCACAGACUGCGCACUGCGCGUGACGAGGAUGUAGGGUUGGAGAGGAAGCAGGAUGCGCUGGCCAUCGCUUCGCUAAGAAGGCCGGAACAGCUGAAUGUGGCCGAGGCGAAAGUUGAGCGCGACCCGAAGACAGGACGGAUUAUGAAGAUUGUAGACUCAGCAGAAGGGCCGAUCAAGGCGAACCCUCUCAACGACCCGCUGAACGAUAUUGACAGCGACGUAGAAGACGAGACUCUAGGCCAGCACGCCGAUACCAUGGGUGUUGCCGAGUCAGCACAGGGCGAGACGCGCUCCGAGGUAGUGGCAAGGUUGGAACAGGAGGCUCGACGGCCGGCAAAGAAGUAUAAGCCGAAGUCAAGUGACAACGAGCGUGCUUUUAUCGCCGAGUUAGUUGGGAAGUACGGCGAGGACUACGCAGCGAUGGCACGGGACCUGAAAAUCAACUAUAUGCAGCGCAGCGAAGGUGACCUGAAACGGAGGAUCAAGAAGUGGCGGGAAAGCGGUGGCGAAGUUGGUUGAGUACCGCCUCUUUCGGUGUUCGGAACAACUCAUAGAACGGCCCUUUAUGGUCGACCUGGAUGACAUUCAAGACACUGGCGAGUAUAUCUUGAAGUUGCUUCGAUCGUCGGACGAUGCGCCACUGAGAUGAUCUGCGUCAUCUCGACACUAUCAGUCUUGUCAAAUUGAAGGCGUGUUGUGUCUGUGCGGGAUACGCCGCUCUCUAGUUGGGACGCUGUUGACGCGCAAUUCCGAGUAAGCAA